AUGGAAGAAAACUAUGAGGAAAAGCAGUACUUGCAGCUAAUACAAAGAAUUCUGAAGAAAGGUGCAGAGAAAAUGGACAGAACAGGAACUGGCACAAUUGCUGUGUUUGGAGACAUGUCUAGAUACUCCUUGGAGGGAGACAGAUUUCCCUUGCUAACAACCAAAAGGGUUCCCUUCCGAAUUGUUGCUGAGGAGCUUCUUUUCUUUAUACGUGGGCAGACAAACAAUAAAAUACUGAAGAGCAAGAAUGUAAACAUAUGGACGCUAAACGGAACAGAGGAAUUCCUACGAUCCCGAGGCAUUAGCCGGAAGGAAGACGAUUUAGGCCCAAUAUAUGGAUUCCAGUGGAGACACUUUGGAGCAGAGUAUGGCACGUGCAACGAUGACUACAGCGGAAAGGGAGUUGAUCAGCUGAAGAGUGUGAUUGAGGAGCUUAAGAAAAACCCAAACAGCAGGCGCAUGGUAGUCAGUGCAUGGAACCCGCUGGAUUUAGAUGCAAUGGCACUUCCUCCGUGCCAUGUUCUCUUCCAGUUCUGCGUGGUGGAUGGGAAGCUUAAUUGCAUGCUGUACCAGAGGUCUGGAGAUGUGGGUUUGGGCGUGCCCUUUAACAUUGCCAGCUACGCCCUGCUUCUGAAAAUGGUGUCCUAUCUGACCAAUAUUCCAGCAGGGGAAUUUGUUCAUGUGCUAUCAGACGCACACAUCUACCUUAACCACGUGGAGCAGCUGAGCGAACAGGUUAAAAGAACACCAUAUGCAUUUCCCACUCUAAAAAUAGCGCCAGCUGUGCCAAGAAAGUCAAUUGAUGAGUUUGAAAUUGAGGACUUUGUCUUGGAGGAGUACAUUCACCAUCCUCCCAUCAAAAUGAACAUGUCUGCAUAA